UAGUUAAAUCCUCCUCCGAUGAAGUGGAGGCCUUAACAUAUAAAGUCUCACGUUUCAGAGCCAUUCCUUCACGAUAAGCCCUCGCUUGCGUUGGGAAACUAUUGAGCGAGAGCUUGAUUUGACAGGGAUCUUAAUAUUAAAAACUUCCGUCGCGACGUCUCAUCCAAUUUCUCUGUUUGUUCUCGCUUCAUUAACCGGAUAAUUGACAAUAUGUCAUUCUUGAAUAAGUUCAAGAAAGAAUUUGAAGGGCUUAAUUUGAGCGAGCGCCUUGGACAGCAGCAAGGAGCGCAUUCGCCAGCGCCUCAAAGCACUGAACAGAGCUACCAGUCCUACAACAACAAUCCCUACCAGAAUCAGCAGCGAGGACAUGGACAACCUUCCUACCCUGGACAGAACCAACCGAGCUCCGGUUAUCAGUCAUACAAUUCACAGCCGCAGCAGUCAUCCCCAGAUGAACAGUACUCCGGGCAUCAAUCUCACAGUCCACAGCCUCCGCUAUACAAUACUUACCAGCCUCCUCAGCAGCCCCAGCAUCAGCAAUGGUCAUCAUCACCGGCACCUCCGGGCCAGCCUGUUCAGUCUCCCCCUUCAGCACAUGCACCUUAUGGCGCUCCCCUUGCUCCAAACAGCCAUUCAAUUCAGUCGCCUCCAGCAAUAGUGACGCCUGGCACUGCUGGUCCUGGCUACCCUUGUCCUGCGCCUCCCCGCUGGGUGCCAUAUUGGUCUGAACAGUCACAGCAAUGGUACUACGUCGAAACUUCAGGCAGAAGCUCAUGGCAAGCUCCGUCUGACCUCCCGCCACUUCCAUGCAUGCCGGCGUUUCCAGGAAGUCUAAACUCUCAUAACAGAGGUCACGAUGGACAAAUGACACAUCCAUCUCAGCCACAGUACGCUAAUGCUCAAGACUCACGACCAAGUCUGCCAGAAAAGGAGAAGAAAUCAUCUACAUUCCUGGCUGCUGCAGGUGGUUUUGCUGCAGGGGGUGUAGCUGGCUAUUUUGUCAAAGAGCGAAUCGACAAACGCAAAGCAAAGAAGCAUGGCCGCACGGCAGAAGAUUUCUCCGACUUCGCCCACUUUCCCGCCUGGGAAGUAGACUUAGAAUGCAACAUUUGCGACCAAGUGAUCAGCGGUCCCUACGCACACUGCAAGAAAUGCGAUGGUGGUGACUACGAUAUCUGUCGAGAUUGUCUUGCCCAAGGAGAGGUCUGCAAAGGCAAAGGCAAGCAUAACUUGGUCAAGGUGUACCCCAAGUACUACUGCGAUGUAUGCAACCUGUUGAUCAAGGGAGGGUUCUACUACUGCGGUAUUUGCAACAAUGGAGACUGGGAUACGUGUCAGAAGUGCUUUGAUGCAGGGCAUACGUGUCGUGGACUGGAGAGAGGAGAAACUCAUAAUUUGACGCAUCUUUAUAUGCCGGAGCCGAAGUUUAGGAAGGGAACUGGAAAGUACGAUUCAAGUAGCAGCUCAGACUCGGAUUAGAAAUGCCAUUAUACGGAUGGUCACAUGGAGAGAGAAACUAGAAGUAGCUGCAGAGGCUGGCAAUCUUGGAGCCUAUCUUUAGUGGUUAAAAGAAGGACAC